CAUACCUCGACCUGCUAGCGUUAGCAGGACGACGAGUUACCACAUCUCUGAAUGUGAUGGCUAAGUAUUUAAGCUGUAUUCUUUGAUUUAAAGGCCAGUGAGAAAUAAUUCUGCGCCGGUUUCGAGGAAAUAGUUGAGGCCUUGUUUUAGUUCCCUUUGCCUUUAGCCAGUUGGCACAAUGGCUAGCCCGAGCAGUAACGUUAGCUAGACCAAAACCAGUAACGAUACUGGCUACGCUUCGGUGGCUCCCUUGUUUACACGUUAGGUCGCCAGCAUGCUCACAGGCUCACUGACGCUGGCGAACUGGUGACAACCUGUCUGCUGUUUGCUUGUAGCUGCGUAGGUAGCGCCGACAGUGGAUUCGGGGUGUUUUAUUAAGACUAUGCGGUUUGACCAUCGCUACAGUCGCUGCGUCAUUUGUUACUGCUGUGGAUUACACUGUAACAUUAGCUUUCGAGCUGAAGUAGCUGAUUUGACUGAGAUCUGUGGAAGACCACGCUGAGUAACCCCCAAGAGGCUCCAAACAAGGACGACUGGAACAUGUCGAUUGCAGCAGAGGUGGUUGCUGGAGAGAGCAUGACUCGCAACAUGGCUUAAUCUCAGGGUGAAUUCAUACAUACAAGUGCAGAGGUGUGGAUCUGGCUGUGGUCUUUGUGAGACCCCUAGUUCCACAGUUGCUUGUGGAGGCCAAACAUAGAAUCAAAACAUAGUAGUGUCAAGACCUGGUCAAUAUUAUCGUCAUUACCCGAAACAAAGGACAAUGGAGUCUGUGAGGAGUGCCUUCCAUGCUCAGCUGGCCACCGUCAUGGACUCAUUGUUGGCAGCUGCUGUGUGUGAGAUUGCCAAGAUCUUUGAGAGCAGCCUGUGUGAGCAGCAGGCGGAGCUGGCGCAGAAGGCUGAGGAGAUCGCCCUGCUCAGAGGCAAGCUGGAGAAAGCAGAGAGGAGGCAGAAAGGAAAGGGGGGAGGGGGAGGAGGAGGAGGCGAAGAAGGGGAGAUGUCAACAGGAGACAGACCAGAGGACGGCUGCUUGAGGCAGCAGACUGUGACAGGACCAGGAUUGAUUGUGGGGAAAGAUGUGUCGUCUCAUUCAGACCCGGUGGAAGGGCUCACUCAGAGUCUCCGCAGGCUGAAAGAGGAGGCUACAGGCCAGGAUGGAACCUCUGUGAAACAUGAGCGUACAGGAUCACGGCCCUCCCUGGGCUCUGUGGCAGUUCAGGCCUCAGAGGGAAGCCUUGCUGCUGGGGACCAGAGGCAGAUAGACCCUCUGUCUGCCACACAGGCCAAAGCUAAAUUGUCUCACUGGGACCAGGGCAGUCGAAGUGCAGACCACAGAACCCUCCAGGAGCAGGCCUCCACGCCUUUUCUUUCUAUUUCCCAGAGCGGCCGCUGCUCCCCCAGGCCUGACCCCAGCCUUGCCCAGCCAGGGGAGUGGUUACCUGGUUUAGAUGCCAGCCGAGCUGGGGUGUCUGGUCUGGAGAACCUCCAGGCAGAGGGCACCAGCUGCUCUGGUCCUGCAAGCAGCAGCACCGGCACCGACACGCCCUGCUUCCGACCUGGCUUUGGCUCUGAUGAGACCAGCAAUGAGGAUGAUGAUAACUCGUUCCCUUUUCUGGACCAGGAGCCUGAGAAUCAGAACUCCAACCAGAACUCGGUGCAAGGCCAGGUGGCAGGGCAGAGGGAAGGCCGGCAGGACCAGUCCCAAGCCCAGUCUGGGGAUUCACCAUGGAGGCCCAGAGAUGACAGGGGUGGGAGGGGCCCUGUGCCUCAGACCAGGAGGGCCACUUCCUUUGCCACCAGAGACCCUCUCCGACUGCAGUCCAACACUCAGUCACACACGCUCCGACACACAAAUGCUCUCGGCCACCCUCCGGCCUCUGGCGGAGGGAGCGGACGACCCUACACCUGCCCGUACUGCACCAAGUGUUUCACCUACCCCUCCCACCAGCGCAGACACCUGUUACGCCACACAGGAGUCAGACUGCACCCCUGUCAGUUCUGCGACAAGAGCUUCCUCACUCCCUCCGAGCUCACCGUGCACACUCGCACGCACACGGGCGAGCGGCCGUUCGGCUGCGCCCAGUGUGGCAAGCGCUUUGCCCGCAGCGGGAACCUGAGGGCUCACCAGCGGGAUGUGCACAUGGGGAAGAGGCCCUUUGCCUGCACAGAGUGUGGGAAGAGGUUCGCUCACAGGGGGAACCUGAGGGUGCAUAACCACAGGGUUCACCAGGGGGACCCCUAUUACAUGGAUGAUCAGCCAGAGCCAGACAUGGGCCAAAAUCCCAUCUGAAAAAGUAAAAAAGGCAGUUCUGAAAUGGACAUUAUUGAUUUGUUCUAGGAUUGCUAAUGUGGCCUGUCUUGCACGCCGCACCAACUUUUAAACAAACGCCUCAAACUAUUUCAAAGUGUUACAUUUUUUUUUACAGCAUUUAUAUUGCCGCCAUAUUCGAUGUUGAGGAGUCACCAAAUUAACCGUUACAUUUCUCUCUGUGGUAUUUAACACUAGACAGACAAGAAAUACAACUUUAUCGAAUGUGUUAGUGUUGUUUUGUUCUCACUUAAAUAUGGGUCACUGUCAGAAUGAUGGUGUAUGUUAAAGGGGAAAGCCUCCUUGAUGGUCCAUUCCAUUUCCAGUUAUCUAUGCAUUACACUGUACUGUAAACGACUUUGGAUAUAAUUAUCCAUGAUAAGUAUGGCUAUUGUUGUAAUAGGAAUGAUUUCACUCCAGCAUAAGCUAAUCUUUUUUCUCAUGUCAUUCCUCACUAUUAAUGGAAAAACACUGAACAGAUGUGAGGGCAGCUUCAUUAGCUGAGUUGAAAGACCUGCAAAAUGAUGAAUUUCAUAAAGCCAAUAAAGGAACACUAAUAGGGAUUAGAUAGUUUAAUUGUGUGGCAUGCAGAGGUAGGAUAGUGCAUCUCUCCCCUUGAAUAUUGUGCUCAUGUACUACCCAUCUCUUCAGGCUUUUUUUUAUACUGACUAUUGUAAAAACAUAAAAGUGUUUACUGGAACAAGUACACAAGAGCAAUGGUACUUUUCGUAUUCAUGAUGUUUUUUGUUCAUGUAAAGUGAAAUAAAACAAUGUAUUCACGUCCA